AUGCCUGCGCCCGUUGAGCUGAACGGCUCCAAGAAGCGCAAGAGCUCCAAGAAUGGUGCUCCCUCGUCUAAGCGCCGUGCGGUCGCUGAGGAAGGCGCCGAUACUGUUACAAUUGAAAAGCUUGAGAAUCAAAUUGCGGAGUCUCGCAAAUACUACAACAAUAUCGCAACCCUGAUCUCCAUGCUGAAUGUCGAACCCUCAGCUAAAAAGCCCGAGCUUGCUGUCGCAGUUUCUUUAUGCCGAGUGUUCAGCAGAUUGAUUGCCGCGGGCAACUUUGUUGAUUCAAGCCGUGCCGCUGAGAAUGAGAAGAUCGUGGUGGCAUGGCUGAAGGAGCGGGCCUUGGAAUAUCAGAGGGCUUUGAUGGCAAUCAUGCGGGAAGCCGACAUCGAUUCUCAAGUCACUGCUCUGAGCUUGGCUAUGCGCAUGUUGAAGGCACGCAUUACACAUAUCCCGGGAGCAGAGCACAAUGUCUGGAAUACUCUUUUCAGUGAAAUCUUCGAGGCUAUCGUUGAAGCUCAGGAUGGUCAGGACUUGCAGACCGAAUUUGUUUCAAAGUAUCUGAAGGAGUACGAAGACAUCAGAUAUUAUUUCUUCGUGCAAGUAUCUGAAUAUGCAGAGACCCGCCGAAGCUCUACCACCCUCGAAACCCUCAUUUCUCUCCUCUCCGCCUGCGGCGACGUCCCCAGCGAAACCCACAAGUUCGAGACCUUCUUCGUGGAGCCCGCCGCCACCAACAAGCGCAUCCACUCCGUCAAUGCCCAUAAGAAGCGAGCCCAGGAAGCAUGGCUGGCCAUCCUCCGCAACAAUCUUUCCCAGGCGCAGCGCAAAUCUCUUCUCCGCAUCAUGGUGCACUCCAUCGAGCCAUGGCUCAGCCGACCAGAGCUCUUGAUGGAUUUCCUGACGGACUCAUACAACGCGGGCGGCGCCACCUCCCUCCUCGCUCUGUCGGGUCUCUUCUACCUCAUUCAACACAAGAACCUCGACUAUCCUCAGUUCUACGCAAAGCUCUAUUCCCUCCUGGAUGCAGAGCUUUUGCACUCCAAGCACCGCUCCCGCUUCUUCCGCCUGCUGAACACCUUCCUCUCCUCCACCCAUCUUCCUGCCGCCCUCGUCGCAAGUUUCAUCAAGCGUCUUUCACGCCUGGCUUUGAACGCCCCUCCGUCCGCAAUUGUGGUCAUUGUUCCGUUCAUGUACAACCUCUUCAAGAGCCACCCCACCUGCACAUUCAUGAUGCACCGCGAGAUCCGCGACAAGGAGCUAGCAGCUGAUAUUGAAGCGCGCGGAAUGGACGAUAUCUUCGACAUGUCGGAGUUGGAUCCCCUGCACACAAAUGCCAUCGAGAGCAGUUUGUGGGAAAUUGAGACCCUACAAUCUCACUACCACCCCAAUGUUGCGGCUAUUGCCCGCAUUAUUUCGGAGCAGUUUACAAAGCAGGCGUAUAACCUAGAGGAUUUCUUGGACCACACGUACCAGGGCAUGUUAUCCGGAGAGCUGGGUACAGGCGAGAAGCCGCUCCGCAAGCCGCCAGUUGUGGAGUACCAGAUUCCCAAGCGUAUCUUCACAGAUCGCAUGCUUGUCGAAGAUGGCGGUGUGGACUCUGGUCCGGGCAGCUUCAUGCGUGGACUGUGGGACUUCUGA